UUUCCAGGAGAGAGUUUCGUCCCCAACCUCCCUCUCUUCUCCCUCACGCUCAAAAAAAAUCUCUCCUCACUCUGAUCCGUCGCGCCGCCCGCCGCCUGCCGACCGCCGAGGUUCUGCGACGCCGCGAUGCCGGGGAGCAAGAGGAGCCGGGUCUGGAUCCCCGCCCCUGAUCCCGGUGCGACGCCGCCGCCGCCCGCCGCGGCCCCGCCUCUUCGUCCUCCCCUGCCGCCGGCGCGCGCCGCCGCUUCAUCCGGGGACGCGCUGGUCAAAGGCCGGGGCGGCGCCGACGGAUGCCGCGUCCAGUCCAUGGCCAUGGCCGACCUCCUCGUCCAAGAGCAACCGAUUGACGAUGAUGCACCUGAUGCAGAGGUUGGCGAAUCGAGUGAAACGGACACCCCAUUUAGAGGUGGAGUGUUCCAAACUGAAUCAGAAAAAACAGUCUUACUGGGCAAGGACUCAAUCCAGUAGGCAACAGCAACUUUACAAGAUGGGUGGGUCAUGUGAUGUGAGGGCGCGCCACGCACGGCAGACACGCCGGGACUUGGCAGGGGAGGAUGCAUGCCGAGGAGCACGUCGUUGGGGAAGCAUAUGCCAUUGUCGUCGGUCCUGUCCAUCUGUACAUUGUCGUCGUAGGGUCCGAACACAAGUUUUAUUCUACAUUACAUGGAUGCUAAUAAGCAAAGCCAUGCCUGCACUUAGCAAAUUAUCAACCCCUCCUUUUGCUGUUAAAUAUUAUUACUUCACAUUAUGUGUAUGCCUGUAAACAAACCUAUUACAUAUUAGUAUACCUUGGUCUAUUGUUUUGGAUGGUA